CCUGUUUUUUGCACCACAGAGAGGAAGACAACUGAAUGUGGAGUGAAGCUUCCAAGUAAUGGGUUUCAGUAUUUCAGAGGGGGUUGAAGAGGGGAAGUUAGCUGUCCAGUGUUUCCCGAGAAACUAAUAUUUUGGGGUUGGUGAUUAAGUAAGGAAAGAAGUAAAGAAAAACACUUUUAAGCAUACAGGAGUCAUCUUUGGUCUCUGGGAUUUCAUAUUUCACAUCUUAUAAUGACUAAAUUGUCCAAGAUGAUGUUAGCUGCCCUUCUAAUCAUGGUGCUAUUUUUUUUAAAUCAAGUCAUCAUUGAGAAAGUCACCAGAGAAAAUGAGAGAGAGAAAGCACAUGAGAGAACACAAGCAGGGAGAGGAGCAGAGAGAGUGGGAGAAACAGGUUCCCUGCUGAGUAGGGAUCCUAAUGCAGGGCUCCAUCCCAGGAUCCCAGGAUCACAACCUGAGCUGAAGGCAGACACUCAACCUACUGAGUCAUCCAUGUGCUUCAAGGAAAACAUCAUAAAAUAUAUAAUUAUAGUUAUAUUUGGAAUCAUCAUUUUAAUACUUCUAGGAUUAUUUAUUUAUAAAUAUAAUUUCAAGAAAAAUGACAAUAAAAACGGUUUACUCAGUGGAAAUUCAGCUGCUUACAAAGGAGUUUCCCUUCAUUCCACGGGGAAGGAAAACCUGCAAGAAACACUAUUAUUUAAGGAUGCCCUUUCAAGUAAAAUCACUUUUCCUGGGACAGAAACUCUUGGCCUACGAAGACCAUCUGGAAGAAAAUGGAUUUCAACAGGAAAUUGCUAGGAGGAAAGCUCAAUACAAGGCUGCCUGGAGGAAGGCACAAUUAUAUCCUGACUGGAGGAAAGAAGAGUUCCAGGCUGUAAAUGUGACCCUGGAUGAAGACACUGCCCAUCCUUCCCUUCUUCUGUCUGAAAACAGGAGACGAGUGACCUGGCAAGAAAGUCAUCAAAAUCUGUCCAGCUCCACCCAGAGAUUUGACUCCCUCCCCUGCGUGUUGGGUCAGCAGCACAUCAACUCUGGGAGAUCCUUCUGGGAGGUUAAGGUUAAGGAUGCACCUUCUUGGGACCUGGGAAUUUGUCUCAAUAAUGUAACAAGGAAGGGGAGGGUCACUGUGUCACCACAGAAUGGUUUCUGGGCCAUCAGAUUCUAUAAUAGAGAGUGCUGGGCCCUCACCUCCCCAGAAACCUGUCUCACUGUAAGAGAAAUACCCCAUAUUGUGGGGAUAUUCCUGGAUUAUGAAGAUGGAGAUGUAUCUUUCUACAAUAUGACAGAUGGAUCCCACAUUUUCUCCUUUACUAAGAACACAUUUAGUGGUGCCCUACGACCACUUUUCAGGCUUUGGUCCUCUGAAGCAGGUUCCCUAAGCAUCUGUCCAAUGGAAGAAGAGAAUGAUGUUGUAAUUAACAUACCUGAAUAGGAGAAAUUUUUAUUUGGGGCCUCAAUGAUUAUUAUAAUUCUCCCCUAAGGAGAUGCAAAGGAUUUUUUCCUUCUUCUUAUAAGUCAUUCUUAAGAUGAUGCUCUGAGAUAAAAACUGGUGAUUGUUCCUCAUAUCAGUUCUCCCCUCUUCCUUAAUUGUAAUGUUUUCAUACUAUUACCCUGUUUUAUGACAACCUCAUAUAAACAUUAGAUUUCUUAGCUUCCCCUGUUGCAUGUGACUAGUUGAUGACCAGUGUGUUAUAACCUGAAUUAUUCUGUGUGAUUCCUGGAAUGUGUCCUAAAAGAGAAAUUGUAUCCUUCAUUUUUUUUUUCUUUAUCUUUUCUGCUGGCUGAAUGUGUCAUGGUGAAUGAAACUGAAAGACCAUCUCUGACUAUGAAAUACAAUAUGCAUGGCAGAGAAAUUACAGUAGACUUGGGUUUUUUUGGCAACUUUAUGGAACUACUCUAUUAUGUAACUUUAGAAUUCUUUUCUAAAGUGAGAAAUAAACUUUUAUCUUUAAGCCA